GAUUGUUCAUAUUCCUAGUCUGUGUUGUUCAUAGUUGUGCGUAGAAUCGGUAACCAAGAAUUAAAUAAAAUGUUUGGUUUCAUGAUUUCAAUUUGGACGUUAUUUGCCCUAGCAGUUAUUGGCUCUGAUGCCGCUGGGGAGUUCAAAAUUCUUCAUAGUCCACCAUCCCUCAAAUUUUUGGAAGCAGACCAAACAUAUGAGAGCCUUUUAAAAGAAAUAUUUUCUGCCAGUCUUGGACUCUCCAUUGAAGAGGAAUCAGAAUGGAAAGGCUUACACGUCAUCGACCCCUUUAACACUCCAGAAGCGGUGGUGGAGGUAUAUAUUGAUGGCAUCGCAAGUCUUGGUAUUCAUGCUGGUACAGACAUGAAAACCUACCCACUGAUUGUAGAUGAAUAUGAACCGGAUACCUUCAGAGGUGUUAAGCACAGAAUAAAUACACGUUUUAGUAAUGGUGGCAACAAAAUAGUUCACAUCAAACUCUCAGAUGAUAAUGCGCUAAAUGUGUUUAAAGGCGUUUUCGAUGGUGUCCCAUCUCCAGCGUAUCCUGAACAAAGCCUUGUUUUCUUGAAGAAUUCAGUUGAAGAAGAUCGCCACUUUUUGAACGAGCUUGGAACUCUGCGAACUUUUAUUGGAAAGGUACAGAGUGGAGCUAUUAUUCCUGAUAAUAUAAUUGAUUUCUACACUUUCCGUUUCCGCAAUCUUCAUGCGUUGUCUGAUUUAUACGGUCCUAUUUCCCUUCAAACUAAAGAAGCUAAAAAGCUGUUAGGUGAUGCUCUGCGAGACCUUUGCAAAGCGUUUGUCAAGGCCUAUGAUCGCUCCGUAUUACUAACCGCUGUAACAACCGACGUCGCUCAUACACGGCGUGCUGCCCGCUCGCUUGGCUUGAAAGGCCCAGAUGACCCUACAACGUCAGGAACUUCUAAACCCGUAUGGCCUUUUCCAUGGAUACAGGCGCCCGUCGGCUGGGAGAAACAUCCUUAUUUAUACAGUAAAGCAGAUGGGUCACCCGAUUAUGACUGGAUCCAGAAAAACGAAGGGGGAGAACUGCGCUCAGGAAAAGGCGAAUUUAGUAACGAUUUUACUGCUAUCUUCAACAUUUUUCUUUGGAUGAGUAUAUUGUUGACCUUCAGUCUUUUGGCAGUUUUGUAUGCAUGCAUGGAUAUGGAUCCGGGUAGAGACUCUAUCAUAUACAGAAUGACCAGCCAUCGUGGAAUGAAAAAAGACAAUUAAGUAAUAUUUAACAGAUGUACCUAACUUUAAAACUAAAAUCUCACGGACAUGAAAGAAGGCAUCGUUUAGUUAGAUAUUAGCGAGUCGAGACAAAGGUAUUUCAACGCUCAUUUGAAUGGGCUACGCUACAAGUUAUGUAUUUCAGUAUUCAAAGGAGAUGGCCAAAAAAACACCCAGAGUCGACAGGAACUUCAUAUGUAUGAUUGGAUUCAGUAUAAUUUGUGGAUUUUAAAAAGUAUUUCAAAUCAUCUAAAAACCAUGGGGUUCUCUUUUUACAACGUUUUUUCGAUCAAGAUUUUAGUUCACAAAAAAGUUUACUUUACUGUUUGAUGUUCAUUAGAAGUUGAAUGCAGGCUCGUGAUUGGACCGUUUUGCAUUGCUAAGUCAUUUGUUAUAUUUGACAAUGUCACAUGGCGCGAUUUUCAAAGACAAUUUCUGAAAAAAACGUUUCAUAGCCAGUUGUGAAGGUUGCAUAUAACUGCGAAACCUCUCCAAGUAGGUGAGGUCGGUGCUUAAUCGUAUCUGGAGUGGUUACAUACAAGACCUUUUAAUCACUAGGCCAA